CCUGCCCGCCCGGCACGUACGGAUACAAUUGCGAAGGCAUCUGCGUGUGUGAUUAUAUCACAGGCAGAUGUCUGACUGGAUGCGAGGACGGAUAUACCGGCUUUACGUGUCAAACAGUAUGUCCAGUUUCGAAGUAUGGACGAAACUGUGCGGACCAUUGUGGUGCCUUCUGCGCAUCGACGAGCAAUUCUUAUACCCGCCGGUGUAACGCACAUACAGGCACAUGUCUGCAUGGCUGCCUGCCUGGGUUUACGGGUCGAACCUGUACAGUAGCCUGCCCGGCCGGGACGUACGGACACAACUGCGUAUGUCUAGAUCGUUGCGAGCCCGGAUAUGCUGGCCUUAAAUGUGACACAGAAUGCCAGUCCGGAACUUACGGAGAGUAUUGUGAGUCUACCUGCAGUAACAACUGUCAGCUGCCGAGCACUUACUAUGGUCGACAGUGUGACUUCGCUACAGGCAGAUGUCUGUAUGGUUGCAAGCCUGGAUAUACCAGCCCAACGUGUGAAAGAGCAUGUCCGUCCGGGAGGUUCGGAAUCAACUGUGUCAACUGUCAACAUCAACAGACAGGUACUUCCUCUGCUCGAGGAUGUAACCUCUUCACAGGCAUAUGUCUUAAUGGCUGCAAGCCCGGAUACACCGGCGAAACGUGUCAAACAGCCUGCCAGCCUGAGAGGUACGGACAAAACUGUACGUCCUUGUGCAACAGCAACUGCAGGCAGACAGGCGACUUCUCUGCUCGGCGAUGCGAUCUUGUCACAGGCUCAUGUCUGAGUGGUUGCGCGCCAGGAUAUCGCAACGAAAUGUGUCAAACAGAAUGCCCUAGCAGAAGGUACGGAAACAACUGCACGUCCGUGUGCAGUAGCAACUGCCAGCAGGCGGGGACUACAUCUGCUCGACAGUGUGACAUCGACACAGGCAGAUGUGUCAGUGGUGGCUGCACGCCAGGAUACACCGGGGAAAAGUGCCAAACAGCAUGCCAGCCGGGGCAGUAUGGAGACAACUGUACGUCCUUGUGCAGUAGCACCUGCAAGCAGACGGGUACUUCAUCUGCUACGAAGUGUAACUUCAUCACAGGCACGUGUCUGAAUGGCUGCAUGCCCGGAUAUAUUGGCGAAACGUGUGAAGCAGCAUGUCAGUCUGGCAACUACGGAACCAACUGCACGUCCUUCAACUGUAUGCAGCCUACCACCUCCCCUGCUCGACGGUGUGACCUCGUCACAGGCAAAUGUCUGAUUGGCUGCAAGCCAGGAUAUACCGGCUUUACGUGUCAAACAGCCUGCCAGUCCGGGAGAUACGGAAACAACUGUUUGUCCGAGUGCAGUAGCCACUGUAAGCAGGCAGGAACGUCCACAGCUCGACAAUGUGAUUUAGUCACUGGCAGAUGUCUGAGUGGCUGCCUGCCAGGAUACAAAGACCAGUUGUGUGAAACAGCCUGCCAGCCCGUGGAGUACGGAACCAACUGCACGUCCGUGUGCAGCAGCAACUGCCAGCAGACGGCAACUUCCUCUUCUCGACGGUGUGACGUCACCACAGGCAGAUGUCUAAGUGGUUGCAUGCCGGGAUAUACCGGCAUAAUGUGUCAAACAGCCUGCCAGUCUGGGAGGUACGGAAACAACUGUACGUCCUCGUGUAGUAGCAACUGCAAGCAGGCGGGAACAUCCUCUGCCACACGAUGUGACUUUAUCACAGGCAGGUGUCUGAGUGGCUGCAUGCCCGGAUAUAUCAGCCAAACGUGUCAAACAGGCUGCGAGACCGGGAGGUACGGAAACAACUGUUCGUCCUUCCACUGCCAGCAGGCGGGCACUUCCUCUGCUACCCGGUGUGACUUCAUCACAGGCAGAUGUCUGAGUGGUUGCAUGCCCGGAUAUGACGACCAAAAAUGUGAAACAGCUUGCCAGCCUGGGAGGUACGGAAACAACUGUACGUCCUUCAAUUGUCAGCAGGCAGGAACUCCCUCUGCUCGACCGUGUGAUCAUGUCACCGGCAAAUGUCUGCGUGGCUGCUCACCUGGAUAUAUUGGCCUAAUGUGUCAAACAG